AGACUUCAAAGGGUGCAGAGCAUCCACACAAUCAUUCUUCAACUUGACAAGGGCUUCAGAAUCAGAUUCAACCAAAAGGAAAAGAAAGAAAUUUAUAGAUAGGAAACUCCCCAAUUCAGUCCAAACUUAAAACUCCCACUGAAAAAGAGUUUUAUUCUCCCGCUCCCCCUCUAUUCCUUAAGACGAGAAACUACUGAAGCUCAAUAGCUCAUCAGUUCGGUCUGCGAUCACUUUGGCAGCGAUAGCCUCUGUUGGAGACACCGCGACGACACCGUUUAAUUGCAUUGAAAAGAAUUACCAUCUCUGAAUCUCUGUUCUUCUCCCUCUCUAACAACCCUUGCCACUUUAAGUCAAUACGGGCGGUCGUCUUGAUGCAAUCCAUUGUAAGUUUGGAUCCCAUGGCCGACCUUAACUUGGAAAAAGACGUUUCAGGGGUUUUGAGAUCAUUUUCAGAUUCACCGCCAACUCAUUAUACUGUAGAAAUACAGUUUUUUCCGUUGCUUACUGAAAAAUAUUCAGAGAAUGGAUAUGAAUCAAAGGAGUUUGAAGCUGGAGGAUACAAAUGGAAAUUGGUGUUUCACCCAAAUGGAAACAAAAAGAAGAAUGUAAAAGACCACAUCUCCCUCUACUUGGUGAUAGCUGGAGCAGAUUCACUAGAUAGUAGUUGGGAAGUAUAUGCUGAUUUCAGAUUGUUUCUGCUUGAUCAGAAUGAGGGAAACUACUUGGUUUUUGAAGAUGCUUUAACAAAGAAGAAAUGCUUUCAUGGGGCAAUGCGUAGUGCAGGUUUCGAUAAACUUAUCCCUCUUGAAGAUUUUACUGAUGUUUCCAAUGGAUUUCUAGUGGACGACACAUGUGUGUUUGGAGCCGAGGUCUUUGUUUGUAAAGAAAGAAGAAGACGCAAAGGCGAGUGCCUAGCAAGGAUGAAGAUAGCCUCUGUAUGCAUACAUGUUUGGAAGGUUGAGAAAUUUUCAUCUUUAGGUGCUAAAUUUUGUUACUCUGAACCGUUCACUGCUGGGGACCAUAAUUGGAAGAUAAAGCUUUAUCCUGAUGGAUGUGGGGAAGGCAAGGGUAGUCAUCUCUCUCUGUUUUUGGAAUUGGCUAGUCCCAUAACCCUCCCCCCUGGCUCAGAACUAUUUGUGGAGUAUAGAUUUCGCAUCCUAGACCAAAUUCGUCAUCAGCAUCAUGAACCUUCUAGUGGUAAGGCCUGGUUCCGUGACGGUACAAGUUUGGGUUCGCGUAGAUUCAUUGGACAAGAAUCUUUCAGGCUGGUAGAAAAUGGGUUUUUGAAGAAUGAUGCUUGCAUGGUAGAAGCAGAGGUGACCGUCCAUGGAAUUUCUAAAGUACUAUAG